ACAGACAGACAGUCAGUGCUGGAUUACAGAAAUUAUGGUGUGUAGCUCCACUUGUCGCAGGGCAAGGCGUGUCUAAUAAAUCUUUUACCCAGGGCGCUGUAGGCAAUUGGUUCCAAAGUUCAAAGUGGAGCGGAGAACAAGAAAAGGACGAGUGAGAAGAAUCGUCAAGGUGAUUCGUCAGUGGGAAAAUAUAUAUACUUUUUACAGCUAUCAACAGGAAUAAACACAGGCAAGCUCAAACAUGGCAGAGAGCACAAGUCCAAAAGGCAACUCAGGUGUUUUUGCUAAAAAAAUGCAAAGACAGCUGAGCAGAGGCAAAGAAAAGGUGAUGCAAAGGCUUGGAAAGUCGAUGGAGACGAGAGAUGAUCAAUUUGAACGCUCCCUCCAAGUGUUCAAUGACCAGCAGACAGACGGGAACCGGAUAUACAAGGACUUACGGAACUACAUCGAUGCAAUAAGAGACAUGCGUGAAGCGUCAAGACGCCUCUCUCAGUCUCUGUUUGAUGUUUAUGAAAGCGACUGGGCUGGAGAGGAAGACCUGGGAGCCAUUGUGGAGGGCGAGGACCUCCUGUGGAACGACCAUGAGGUGAAGAUGUUGGACCAGGCCGUCCGCACCAUGGAGUCCUACGUGGGACAGUUCCCAGAUAUUCGGGAGAAAAUUGCCAAGAGGGGAAGAAAACGGGUGGACUACGACUCGUCCCUUCACACCCUGGAGUCUCUGCAGACCGCCAAGAAGAGGGACGAUAUCAAGAUAAGCAAGGCAAAGGAAGAGAUGCUAGCUGCCAAAAACAUCUAUGAUAGGAUCAACAAUGAGCUGAAAGAGGAGCUGCCUGUCCUCUAUGACAGCCGCAUCGGAUGUUACGUGGCUGUCUUCUCAGCUGUGUCUAAUUUACGAGACAUCUUCUAUAAGGAAAUGAGCACGCUCAAUCUUGAUCUGCAGAGUGUGAUAAAAGAGCUGCAGGCUCAGCAUCCUGACAAAACGUUUGCUGUGAGGGGGCUGCAGAGGUAUGGCUCCCUGAAGAGACGGACUCUGCUGUCCCCCAGGGCCUGGAAGGCCAGUUUUUCUGAAUUUCACCUGACCUAUAAUCCCAGAAUGAGCCUGCGGUCCAGUCUCAGGUCUCCGGAUAAACCCCGCCACAGCACUCUGUCCAGAGAGAGCAGCACACUCGGUUUCUCCUCUCGGUCGUCCACCCUGAACAGAAACCUAACCGAAUCCAAAGAGCUGGACACGACUUCCUGCCACUCCGAGAACCAAAGCUCUGUGGCGCAGGAGGAAGCUGGAGCGGGAACAUCUGGGAAAGAGAAGUCCGGAGCAGCCAGUGGUGAGGGCGAAGAGGGGAAAAGCUCCAAAGAGGUAGAAGAUAAAAAAGAUGGAGAGAAAGCUCCACCAAGUGAGAGCAGCUCUGAACUGAACAACUCCUGUGAGUCUGAGAGCUUGGAGCUGCAGCUGUCCGCAGCCCAAAGCGAAACGCUGCACAUCGAAGAAGAAGAAGAAGAUGCCUCUGCAACCCUUGACUCCCAGAAAGCAAACGGUCUAAAGAACGGCGACGUCAGCGGGUUGAACUCUGACACCAGCGAACUGCGCAUUCCUGACAAGGAUGGUGCUGGAGAAAAACAAGUGCCCCACGACUCAAAAACCACAACGGUUUAAAGGUUUUAUACUUAAAAAAAGAAAAAAAACAGAAGACUGAAAACGGCAGCUGGUCAAGAGGCAAAAAUAAAAAGGAAGAAGAUAGCCGGGCAGACGAGCCCAACUGCUGUUUAAUAACUGAUGUUUCUUUGCUGUUAGUUUUCUCAUUUAUCUUUCAAUCAAAUCAAGUUUGCCCCCAGAAAGAGCUUCUCGUUUUAAUAUAAACAAACCAAA